CCGCCUCUUCUCUUCUCUCUUUCUCUUUCAUGUUCAGUGGCUUUUGGAGAGUGAAUGCGGGAGGAAAAGAGAGAGAUGGGGAGAUCUCCAUGUUGUGAGAAGGUGGGGUUGAAGAGGGGGAGAUGGACAGCAGAGGAAGAUGAAAUAUUAACGAAGUACAUUCAAGCCAGUGGGGAAGGAUCCUGGAGGUCAUUGCCCAAGAAAGCAGGUUUGCUGAGGUGUGGGAAGAGCUGCAGGCUGAGAUGGAUAAACUAUUUGAGGACUGACUUGAAGAGAGGGAACAUCACUGCUCAAGAGGAAGAAACCAUUGUCAAGCUGCGUGCUGCUUUGGGGAACAGGUGGUCUUUAAUUGCUGCACAAUUACCAGGACGAACAGACAAUGAGAUCAAGAAUUAUUGGAACUCUCAUUUAAGCCGAAAAAUUUACAGAUUCACCAAGACAAUAAAAGAUACCAAACCAGGUGAGAUUGAUGAUAUAACAACAGCGGGAGAAUGCAAACGGAGAGGGGGUCGAACCAGCCGAUCAGCCAUGAAAAGACAAAAGUUGGCUUUGCUGUCAUUAGGUAUUCCUAAGAAUGAUCUCACCCCAAAUGAGGUGAUGGAAUCCGCAGCCCAAGGAAACACUAUUCCUGGAGCACCAAUCCAGGACAGAAAAGUAAUGAAUAAUUGGCAACCCAACGAGAACCAUGAUGAGGACCCUGAUUCUGCAGUAGAGGGCAGAAGAAACAUUGGGAUAAUGCAUGGUUCGUGCAUGCACAGCAGUGCAGGGAAAGCAGGCAAAUAUGACGAGAGCAAAAGCAGAGGAAUAGCAUUAAGUUCUGGUGAAGAAAGUUGCAGUGCGGUUGAAACGUACGGUAGCUGUAGCGAGAGAGAGAGCGAGGAGGUUCAGGGACCAUACGAGUGGCUAGACAGUGAAAUAAAGCGCCUUAGCAGCGUCCUGCAAAGUAAAGGUGUGGAUCCAAGUGGGAACCGUGGCUUUACCACAAAUGUAGAAAAUGAGGCCAGGGUUAUAACUGAGGACAGGGUUAACGGGGUCCAAAGGGGCCCGGAAAAAGAUAAAGAAAGACAAAGCUGUGGCAUCUGGAGCUCAAAUGCAGAGAUAAUUGGUAAAUCUGGGGAAUUGCAGAUGAGUUCCUUUUCAUCGCCUGCAGAAACUUCAUGGUUCGACGAGGAUUGGCUUGAUUGGGAUUCUGCUGCUGGGUUUGGUCAGUGUCAUGAUGAUGAUCAAUGGGAACUAUGGGAUGAUUCAGACAAGGUGCUUUGCCAGUUGUGGGAUGAUGGCAAUGGUGAUGAAUCUGCAUGACAGACGUCUGUCUCAGUCAAGCACACCAACAUUAACGUAUAUAUAAUUACCAAUACUAAUUUGUUAACGCGAAUGUAUCUUCUCAAUUUUCUACUUUUGGUUUGUUUGUUGACACAUUUUCCUUCUAUUAAAGCAAUCAUUGAAUAAAGUCAAUGCGAUAUUAU